AAGUUUGUAAUUAUACUUUUGCAAGUGAAAAAUACAAAUUAAACAUGGAAAAUUACUUUGACAUGAGUUAUGUAUGGACAAUGCCAUUAUAUUCCGAGGUUGCAGACAGCAAUACAAAUAAAGUCUUGUCGUAUCAACAUAAAAGUGCGAACAGUGAUGAUUACGAUUUGUGUGUACGACAAACUUCUCUGUGUCAUUUUAUUGGUACCAAGCAAGUACAAUCGGUUAAAAUUUUACUUAAUCAGGGAGCUGCAGUUAAUGUCACAAUGUCAUCGCCGCAUUAUACUGGAUACACUUUAUUGCACUACGCGGUUGAACGCAGCAACGCCGAAAUAGUGGAAUUGUUGCUAAAAAAUGGUGCCCAUGUUGAUGCUUCUACAGUAGAGAACAGACUGAAACCUAUUCAUAUCGCAGUUAUGAGAGGAAAUUAUGAUAUCAUAAAAUAUCUUUUAAUAUAUAAAGCACAAAUUGAUGCAACAUUCGAUGUGGCGAUUUCAAGAGAGUACAGUUGUUUACAUCUAGCCACUCAAAAUAAUCACUUAAACAUUAUUAAAUUACUUUUGGAUUUCGGCGCUGACAUAAAUUUACAAGAUAAGGAGAAGCGCACUCCUCUUCACUUAGCGAUUCAAGCUGCUCAAGUGGAAGCUGUAAAUUUAUUAUUAAAGUAUCAUCCUAAUACUAUGCUGAAAAAUUCCCAGCAACAAACACCCUUAAUUUUUGCACUCGACAAUAUGUGCCCAAUUUUAUUCCUCCGCGUGAAUAAUAAUGAAGAUCUUGCGAAAUUACGCUUACAGCAUCAGUAUACUGGUUGUAAAUGUGAAAUAAUUACGCACACUUUGGUUCGUCAUUUAAUAAAGCUGAAAGUAGCAAAUUUUCAAAUUGACGAGAAGGAUCAAGAUAUUAUUUUACUUAGUGAAACUUAUCGCGAGUUAGAAAGCUCUUGCUCAAAUGAAUUAGAACAAAUGCAAGCGUUGGUUGUUAAAGAUAUGACCAUUCGUUAUUAUGAUUUUUUACACAUGAAUUUGAAUAAACUGUAUAAGUUAUCCAAAAAUAUAAACGUAAUGCGAUUGUUAAAUUCGGGUGUACUGGAAAAUAAUUGUCCGAUAUACAGUGAUAUGAUUAGGUUUUCGUUACAAAUCGGUGUAGAUAAAAAUAACUUGAUUUACCAAAUUCUUAUCGUCAAUAAUUUUAUUCCAUUACCAAAUGAGAUAGUUGAAAUAAUUGUUAAUUAUUUGUCAAAUGUAGAUCUACGAGUUUUAUUAUAUACUUUUUCAUUACUGUUAAAAGAGGUAGAAAAGGAUGUAAUCAUGGCGGGUUGUGAUUCCACAAUUCGUCGCAUAAUACAAGCACUUGAAAAACGCAAUUCUGAAGAAGCAAAAAAAUUACUUCGCCAAUCAGUUGAGAGAGCUUCGAAUCCAUGGGUAGAAGGCUAUCCUAUACUUUGUUAUGUAUUACAACAGAAAAACCGGGAAUUUGCCAAAUAUUUAUUGGAUAAUAAUACUAGAGUCAAUGGGAAAUGUUACAAAUCUGAAGGCUGGCCACUCUACUUUGCGGUCACCAAUGGAGACUUAGAAAUUACAAAGCUUCUUUUAGAGAAAGGUGCUAAUCCUAAUAACUCGAACAAAGAAAUGAAAACUGCGUUAUUUUAUGCAAUCGAAGCUAAUAAUAUUGAAAUGGUUGAACUAUUACUAAAAAACAAAGCACAUAUCAAUAUUUACAACAAAUCUUUCCAUACGCCUCUCACUCUAGCUAUUACAAAAGGAUACGUUGAAAUAACCAAAAAACUCGUUGAAUACAAAGCUAAUGUCAAUUUGAAAGUUGACCAUAAUCGCUAUGAAACAGAGCAGUCGCCUUUAAACUAUGCGAUUAGUUCUGAAAAUCCACAAAUCGUUGAUCUGCUGUUAAAGAAUGGAGCAAAUAUGAAUGUAAAAGAUCGAUAUAAAAAAACGCCAUUUCAAGAAGCUAUUGAGUACGGAAAUUUAGAUAUAAUAAAAUGCUUUAUAAAACACGGUGCAAAUGUUAAUGAUAUUUUUAAUGAAGAUAAAGAAAAUUGCUCACCUUUGUAUACAGCUCUUUGUAAUACCAGUCACGAGGUUGUUGAGCUACUUAUCAAAGCUGGCGCAAAUGUAAACGGAGGAAAAAAAGAUUCAGAAGUUCCACUUCAUGCAGCUGUUAUCAAAGGUAAUCUAAAAAUUGUAAAAUCUCUUUUAGAGCUUGGAGCCAAAGUUAAUUACACAAGUAAUUCGACAAAAAAGAAAGGAUACACAUCAUUGCAUUAUGCUUCUGAAAAACAUGUCAAAAAACCGUUUCACAUUAGUGAAUUUUACAUGAACAAUUCAUCGUCAGAUGAUACGUCUUCAAACAAUUCAAUGUCAGAGGAAUCGUCACCAAAAGAUUCAUUAUCGAGUGAUGCAUUAUUAGUAGAAUUUCUUAUUUCAAAAGGUGCUAAUGUCAAUGCCAAAGAUGCCAAAGGAAAAACACCUUUGUAUUGUGCCAUCAAAAAAAGUAAUAUAGAAAUUAUCAAGUGUCUUUUAAAACAUGGUGCUGAUUUAAAUACAAUGUAUGAUUCACAUUAUGGUUACACACCAUUACAUUACGCUUGUGAAAUCUACAAUGACUCCAAUCAUGAAGUUGUUGCUUUACUCCUUGAAAAUGGUGCUAAUAUUAAUGCACGAGCAAAAAAUAAUUAUCUGCCAAUUCAUGUUGCUAUAAAAAAUGAACGCGAUAAAAUUGUUGAUUUACUUUUGAGGAAAGGAGUUAGCCCCGACACAUCUUUUAAUGCUCGUAAAUCACUUCUUUUUGUUGCCGCACGUAGAAAUGAUCAUUCUUUAAAAAUAGUUAAGACAAUUUUGAAGUAUAAGCCAAAUCUUCAAAAUAAAAGUAAUAUAAACAUAUUUCUUCUCGCAGUUAAAAAACACAGAAAUAAUGUAGUUAAACUUUUUCUCGAGUAUGGCUUCCGAAUGCGUCCCAAAGAUAUUAAAAAUCACGAAUUCAUUCAUGCAGCAUUCCAAAAUGGACAUACGGCUAUCAUCAAUGACAUCUUACAGUACUCUACUGAUAUCAACAUGAAAUAUGAUUUAAAAAAUAAUAAAGGAUUCACAUUACUACAUAGUGCUGUAUUUUGUAAAAAUAUUGAAGCCAUAAAAUCAUUGGUAAAACACGGAGUGGAUCUUAGUGUAAAAGAUAGCAAUGGUCAAACUGCGAUAUUUUAUGCAGUUCAAAAAUCAAAUUUAACGAUUGUAGAACAUCUUUUGGUCGAAAUGAAUAAAACAUUACUAUCCAUUCUUCCUGGACUUCUCAGUGAGGCUAUCAGAUCCAGAUACAAAGAAAUGAUUGAACUUAUAAUACAGUACAGUGUCAACCUUGAUACUAUUGAUGAAGACGGAUAUCCGCCUUUGUACUAUACAACUUUGAAAUGGAGUGAUGAAUGGAACAAGAAAGUUCAUUACUAUCCACAAAAUAUUAAAAAGGACAAAAUAGCUGAAUUACUUUUAAGCAAAGGCGCCAAUCCAAACAUCCUAACCAAAGAAGGAAAAUCAAUUCUUCACUGUGCUACUGUAAAUGAAGAAUCAAGUGUCGUUGAAAAGUUAUUGUUACACAAUGCUAAUCCGAAUUUGUCCAACAAUAAUCAAUUUAUACCUCUCCAUGCUGCAGUAAAACACCAGUACUCUAAUAUUGUAGAGUUACUAAUGAAUCACAAGGCAAACGUCAAUGCUGCUAAUUCAUUUGGUAGAACAGCAUUACAUGAAGCUGCUGCUGUUGCAAAAAAUGAUAUGUUAAGAAAUAUAGAAAUUCUUAUUAAGUACAAAGCUGAAAUAAAUUGUGUGGAUAUUGAUGGGAUGACGCCAUUACACAUUGCUGCAAAAUUAGAUAAUGCUGAAGUUGUUAAACUACUUUUAAAAAACAAAGCAAAUGUCAAUGCUAAAAGUUUAAAUGGCAAGACACCACUUCAUUUUGCUAGCGAACGAGGAAGUCAAUUUUGUAUUAAAGACCUGUUGCGAUUUGGUGCCAAUGUUAAUAUCAAAGAUAUGCUUAAUUGUACUCCUCUGGAACAUGCUUUGGAAAGUGCGCGAUCUCAAGAAGAACGUGGUGAGAUUCCUGUUGAUGAUUUAUUUCCUGAAGAGAACUCCGAUUCCGAAGAUGAUGAUGAUGAUGACGAUGAUGACGAUGAAGAAUGUUUUGAUCCUGGGUAUGACAUUUACGCUGCGGACAGUGUUGUUGAAAUAUUAAAACAAUAUAUUCAAUUAAGACUAACUAAAAAGAAGUAUGUUAGUAAAACAAAUCUGAAGCUGAUGAAGUGCACUGUCCCAAGAAGAGAAAGAAUUAAGAGAUCUCGUAACUUUUUUUGGUUCUAAUUUUUAAAAUCUGAUCAUCUUGAUACUGCUAUUCAAG